AUUUGCGAGUUGCAGAUUGCGGAUUUCCCUCAUGAUUAUGGAGGGUAACGGUCUCUUGUUUUUGCUUCCGAGAUUCUCCGUUGAACAAAGUCAGCAACUCCGGUACUUUUAUUCUUCUCUCUCGUAGUUUCUCUUUGACUUUGUCCGCUGCUUCUUCUUCGUUUUCCGACUUGCCUUGUCUACCCAACAGACUAUGCCGCCCAUGUGAUCAAUUGAUCGUCCUGAAUUGCCCCACUCCGUCUACGUACUUGGCAUCCUCCUCUUUUUUCCUUCAGGAUUAAGGUUGCGGGGAACCGCGGGGUUUGCGGAGAACCCAUAACAAAGUCCAGGAGAAAGUCCAUCCCAGCUCGUCUCAUUCGCCUCUCAGUCCAACCCAAUAUCGCUUUUCUCCUUGGAAUAUUUAAAGUGCGCCGAUUCCUGCUACUCAUGGUCUACUCUUCCAACCUUUUCACUUUGAAUAACUGCCUCUCACUACUUUAUCAGCCCUUUGAUUAUUUCCAAGCCAUUUCAAUCUUUUCUUUCUCUUGACUUUAACUCGACCAAGAACCAAAUAUCGGACAACAGUCGUCAUGGCUUCUACUCCUCGAGACGGGGUGAUCAUUCCCUCUGAUGCCGUCACCGAUAAGGAGCUAUACGGUGAUGUGGAUAUCAAGGAGACGGUAGAGCAUGUUGAGGAUAAAAGUGGCGGGAAUAUUCCUGUUCAGGAUGGUCCUCUCGCUGCUGAGAUUGAGCUACUCCGCUCGAUGCCCCCUGAGGACUUGGCUAUCGAGGAGAGAAAACUCUUGCGCAAGAUUGACUUCACCCUUCUUCCAACUUUAUUCGUUCUUCUUAUCCUCAAUUACCUUGACCGAAACGCACUUGCUUCGGCUCGUGUGCAGGGUAUUGAGAAAAGCCUGGGCAUGGUUGGCACACAGUUUAACUCUGCAAUCAGUUUGCUCUUCGUUGGCUAUAUUCUUGGCCAGAUCCCCUCAAACUUGAUCCUUUCAAAGACCCGACCUUCUAUCUACCUAUCAGUCUGUGUCAUGGUCUGGGCGAUUGUUUCAUUGUGCACCGGUUUUGUCCAGAAUUACCACCAACUCCUUGCAGUUCGUAUUUUACUCGGUUUCACUGAAAGCCCAUACUUCCCUGGAGCCUUGUUUUUACUUUCGACUUGGUAUACCAAGAAGGAGCUUGCCUACCGAACUGCUUUCCUUUACACUGGCUCUUUGCUGUCUGGAGCGUUCUCCGGCUUGAUUGCCGCCGGCGUGCAAAACGGUUUGGAUGGCAAACUGGGUAUGGAGUCAUGGCGAUGGCUCUUCAUCCUCGAGGGAGCUAUUACUGGCUUCGCUGCCCUAGUCGCCAUCUUUGUUCUUCCAGACUAUCCUGCUACAACCAAAUGGCUGAGCACCAGAGAAAAGGCUGUUGCGGUUUGGCGAAUGGAACGGGAUGGUGGAAGUCGAGAUGAGGAUGACGAGGGACUGUUCCACAGUUUGAAACUCGCGCUCUGUGACUAUAGGCUAUACCUUCUUGCCACCGUUAUCAUUACCAAGACGACCGCCGGCGCUGUGACUCAGUUUUUCCCUACAGUCAUCGCAACCUUUGGCUUUAACAAAGUCAUUACGCUCUUGCUCCUCGCACCUCCAUACCUUGUCACCGCCGUUCUUUCUCUCUUAAUCUCAAGGUUAUCUGACCGAAGGCCUGAACGAUGUUUCCACCUCGCCCUCCCUCUUACUGUCGGAAUGAUCGGUUAUAUUAUCGCCGUCUCUACUCUGAAGACGGGUCCUCGAUACUUUUCGCUUUUCCUCAUGCUGGGUGGUCUCUUUGGAUCUUACAACGUCGCUCUUGCCUGGAUCUCUUCAACGUUCCCUCGUCCUCGUGCGAAGCGAGCAGCUGCUUAUGCAAUCAUUAACAGUUUGGGGAACAUUGCCCAGAUCUGGUCACCCUACCUCUACCCUUCAACCGAUGCUCCUCGAUACACCACUGCAUUCGCAACCAACUCGGUCAUGGCGGCCGUCGCCAUCCUGUUCUGCUUUGUCCUUCGCUUCUUUUUGAAGCGGGGGAACGCCAAGAUGGAUCGUGAGGAUGCCGAGGCUGAAGCGAGGGGUGAGGCGUCCGAGGAGAGGGUUAGGUAUGUGUUGUAGAUUGUUCCUGGCUGGUUGGGGGGGGGGGUGUCCUGUUUUUGGAGAGUGUAGUUGAAAUGAUUUGGAAAUAUCUAAUUAGGCAAGGGUAUGUGUGUACGAUUUUGCAUUUUUACCUCGUCUUUUGUUUUUUUUUUUUUUUUUUUUUUGUU